UGGCCACCUUUGCCUCUCCUUCUCCUCGUUCUUUGCUGCUGCUCUCAUCAUCACCAUCAUCAUGACGGACCGCUCCACCUUCGACACCAACGUGACGACUCUGACCCGCUUCGUGAUGGAGGAAGGCAGGAAGGCGCGGGGCACCGGAGAGCUCACCCAGCUCCUCAACGCGCUCUGCACCGCCGUCAAGGCCAUCUCCACCGCCGUCCGCAAGGCGGGCAUCGCCAACCUUUAUGGAAUUGCUGGUACUACCAAUGUGACAGGAGAUCAAGUAAAGAAAUUAGACGUCCUUUCCAAUGACAUGGUGAUCAACAUGCUCAAGUCAUCUUUCACAACCUGUGUAAUUGUGUCAGAAGAAAACAAAAAUGCAAUCAUAGUGGAAGAAGACAAACAAGGUAAAUACAUAGUCUGCAUGGAUCCACUUGAUGGCUCUUCUAACAUUGACUGCCUUGUUUCUAUUGGAACCAUUUUUGCUAUCUACAGAAAGGUUUCUCCUGGUGCACCUUGUGAGAAAGAUGCUCUACAGCCUGGGCGUAAUCUUGUAGCCUCUGGUUAUGCCCUCUAUGGCAGUGCCACCAUGCUUGUCUUGGCCCUGGAAUGUGGUGUCAAUUGUUUUAUGCUGGAUCCGGCAAUUGGGGAAUUCAUUUUGGUCAACAGAGAUGUGAAAAUAAAGAAAAAAGGAAAUAUCUACAGUCUUAAUGAGGGAUAUGCUGCCUACUUUGAUCCGGCUGUCACAGAAUACCUUAAGCAAAAGAAAUUUCCUCAGGAUGGUAGCUCCCCUUACGGAAGCAGAUACAUUGGAUCUAUGGUUGCUGAUGUGCAUCGUACACUGGUCUACGGAGGAAUCUUUCUGUAUCCAGCCAAUUCAAAGAGCCCCAAGGGAAAGUUGAGGCUGCUCUAUGAAUGCAACCCCAUGGCUUUCAUCAUGGAGAAGGCUGGAGGACUGGCGACAACAGGCAAGGAGGCAGUCCUGGACAUUGUGCCCGAAAACAUUCACCAGCGUGUGCCCAUUGUUUUGGGUUCCCCAGAUGAUGUGCAGGAAUACCUAGCCUUUGUCAAGAAGCAUUCUGCUAAAUGAAGUGGAGGAAGCAGUUGUUGCAUUACCAACUGAAGUGCCUUACCCCUGGACCAAAGACCAUACUGUGCCAUAGUUCUGACUGUGAAGCCUUUGAUUGAGUGCAAAAGAGCCGUAAUGUCACUGUGUGCAAAAAGUGUGCUUGGUGCUUAUCUUCAUAGUGCCAUUAAAAGUGCCAGUUAAAGAAA